AUGGCAGAAAGCUCUCUCAAGAACGAAUGUUGUCAGGAUAUUUUAGAAAGGAUGCAAACAGAAGAGAACAAUUCAGAUCCUGCACCAAUGGUUGUGAAGAAUGCUGCCGCUGCUGAUUCCCUGCGUGUCAUUCCUGACAUUAAUAAGAUGAAGAAGAAGAAGAAGAAGAAGAAACCGACAAUAGAAAUAUCUCCGGUUAGAGCUAGACUUUUAGACUAUUGGAAUAUGAGGCAUGUGGGGAAGCAUGCGAAGGCUGCAAGCAGUGAAAUUCCUGGCUCUGAUGAGAGGAAGGAUCUGAGGGCUAAUACUGAAAAACAUAUAGACCCUUGGCUUUUGAGGGAGACGAACCCAGAUUGCGUACCAGUGGCUGUGGAGAAGGAUGCAAGGAGUGAUAUUGCUGAGAUUGACGUGAAGAAGUACCUUGUUCCUAAGGAUGCACUUCUUGGAGAUUUUAUUGCUUAUGUUCGGAUGUGGAUCUUUCUAAAGAAAAAAAAACCUAUAUUUGUCUUCUUCAAAAACACUGAACCUCCCACGGGUGCCUCUAUGGGUGCAAUUGAUGAGGAAAAUACGGAUGAAGAUGGAUUUCUUCACAUGACCUACAGUGGGAAUGAUACCUUCAGCUACAGUGGGAAUGAUGUGACCUGUUGA